GCCAGCGCAGAGUUUUUCGCUUGCCUGCCCUUUUCGUCUGAUACGGUGCAGAUUUCUUGGCUGCGUGUCCCAGUUUUGUCGGUGAUUUUUCCUGUUUUUCUCGGUGAAAACACUCAGUUACAAUUGCGAAAAUGUACUCCAACGACAAUUACGCCGAAGAGGGCUAUGACGACUACGGCUACGAUGCCGGAAUGGCCGACGAUGGAAUGUACGACCGUUCGUACUAUCCAAUGCACGAGGAUGUAAAGAAGUUUCUGGUGUAUUUCUGCAGCGUGAUCAAGGGGGGCGUUGUUUAUGAAAUACAGAACCUGUAUGAGAACACCUUCCCGAAGCUCAGCGAGCAGCACUUUGAGAAGAAGGCUUGGCCAAGCGAGGAUGAGGUGGCGCAUCUGGUCGACAAUGACAGCUUGUUUAUGAUUCUGUACAAGGAAUUGUACUAUCGUCAUUUGCAUGCCCGGAUUCAGGGUGGACCAUCGCUGGAACAGCGACUGAACUCAUUCUACAACUAUUGUAACUUCUUCAAUCAUAUUCUUCCGUCGAAGGAACCUGUACAGCUGGAACUGCCCGAUAUUUGGCUGUGGGAAUUGAUCGAUGAGUUUGUCUAUCAGUUCCAGAACUUUGCCCAAUACCGUGCCCGGUUGACCGACAAGUCAGAAGAAGAGAUGGACAUGUUGUUGAACAACAAUAGCAAGGUGUGGAAUAUUUUGUGUAUCUUGAACGUGCUCCACUCGUUGGUGUCAAUGUCCAAGAUCAAGGAUCAACUGGAAGCGGCUGCCGCUGGACGUGACCCGGAGGAAGUGGCCGGUGAAUUUGGACGCCAUUCGUUCUACAAGAUGUUAGGAUAUUUCAGCUUGGUAGGAUUAUUGCGUGUGCAUUCGCUGCUGGGCGACUACCAUCAGGCCAUCAAGGUAUUGGAACCAAUCGAGAUCCAUAAGAAGAGCCAGUACUCGCAUAUCCCAGCGUGUCAAAUUUCGACUUCGUACUAUGUUGGAUUCGCUUACAUGAUGAUGAGACGUUACUCGGAUGCCAUCCGUACAUUCUCAUCUAUCUUGCUGUAUAUCCAACGUACCAAGCAGCUGUACAGUGCUCGUUCUUACCAGAACGAUCAGAUCAACAAGCAAACCGAUCAGAUGUACCACCUGCUGGCCAUUUGCUUGGUUCUGCAUCCGCAAUGCAUUGACGAAUCGAUCCAGCAGGUCCUCCGGGAGAAGAACUACCACGACAACAUGUACAAGAUGCAGUGCGGCGAUCUAGAGACCUUCCGUAACUUCUUCGUCUUCGCCUGCCCCAAAUUUGUGUCCCCAGUUCCGCCUCCAUCGGACGCCCCGAUUGAUGACUACGUAAAGGAAGCCCUUGAACACCAGACCAACGUUUUCAUGGAUGAAGUUCGUCAGCAGCAAGAGCUGCCAACGAUUCGUUCCUACUUGAAACUGUACACCACUCUUCCGCUGCUGAAGCUGGCCUCGUUCAUGGAUCACAUUCCCCAGGAUGAAAUCGGUGAGCAGAAGAUCGAAAACCUUCUCACCCAUCUGCUCUGCUUCAAGCACAAGAUGAAGAACAUCGUGUGGACCAAGGGCGCCAGCGGGUUGGAGGGCAAGUUCCAGUCCGGAUCUGAACUGGACUUCUACAUCGACAAGGACAUGAUCCACAUUGCCGACACGAAGGUAUCGCACCGCUACGGAGACUUCUUUAUUCGCAAGAUUAUGAAAUUCGAAGAUUUGAACCGCCGCUUGCACAAUUUGAAGUAAAGUGAAAACGUAUUUGGACGUAUUUGCGAAGGCAGUAAGAUAGAUAAGUGGACAAUUGAAAUAGAAGGAAGUGUCUGAAGAAUAUCCUGAACUUGAUUCAGUGCGAUUAGAGGUGUUUGUGAAAUAAUAAAUCUAUCCAUUAGAUAUUUGUAACCGAUACCUAUUACUAAACAAAAGUAACAAAUAAAAAAGAUAGGUUUCCUACGGGA